UUUGCCUCUAUAAAAGAAGACCAAAGUUCAAGAGGUCAGAACCACCACAUAAAAUUCCUCAACCAACAUUGUAAAGCAAAAAACAGAGAACCAAAGUUGUGAGUUGUGAGAUGGCAGAAGUGAAGUUGCUUGGUCUUUGGUAUAGCCCUUUUAGUCACAGAGUUGAGUGGGCUCUAAAGAUUAAGGGCGUGGAAUAUGAAUUUUUAGAAGAAGAUUUACAAAAUAAAAGCCCUCUACUUCUUCAAUCAAAUCCUGUUUACAAGAAAAUCCCAGUGCUAAUUCACAAUGGAAAGCCCAUUUCUGAAUCUAUUGUCAUCCUUGAAUACAUUGAUGAGACAUUUGGCGGCCCUUCCAUUUUGCCUAAAGACCCUUAUGACCGUGCUAUAGCUCGUUUCUGGGCUAAGUUUUUUGAAGAAAAGGGGACAUCAGUGGGGAGAUCUUUCUUUCUAAAAGGAGGGGAGCAAGAGAAAGCUAAAGAGCAAGUUUGUGAGAUGUUGAAAGUUCUUGAUAAUGAGCUCAAGAAUAAGAAGUUCUUUGUCGGUAACAAAUUUGGAUUCGCUGAUAUUACUGCAAAUGCUGCGGCACUUUGGCUGGGAGUUCUUGAAGAAGCAUCUGGAGUUGUUUUGGUUACAAGAGAAAAAUUUCCAAAUUUUUGUGCGUGGAGAGAUGAAUACAUAAACUGCAGCCAAAAUAAGGAAUAUCUGCCUCCAAGAGAUGAAUUGCUUGCCCAUUUCAAAGCUCGCUUUCAAGAUGCAGCUGCUGCUUCUGCUCCCAAAUGAAUACUUUCUUGUUCAUCUUUGAAGUUCAAAGAUUUUGUGUGGCAAUAAAAUAGAAGUGGAUUUAGUGCUAGUUUUGUGGGUUUAACUGAAUCAUUCGUAUUGGCUUGAACAAUGUAUGUUAUUUAUUGUGUUCGGAAUACAAAUAAAAACAGAAUAUAAUAAGAAAUGAACUUGAAUUAAUUCUGA